AUGCGGAGUAUACGAAAACGAGAGUUGCUUGACUGGAUUGUUUUGCUCAAGUGUAUUGAGAGAUUGGAUGUGGAUAUCUCUCACCAAAGUGCAUGCAUUGGUCAUUUGAUCUUUGUUGGAGGAGCCAUCUUUCUUGCUGCAGUUACAACAACAUGUCAUGUCUUUGAUCCAGAUAUUGCUUGCCUUCUUACUGAAGACUUAUUGCCUGCUUGGUGGUGUGUGGCAUCUACAUCCGCUGCCCCGCAUAUGGCCCAACAAUCAAUUCAAGAGAUGGAUGCUGGUGAGGAAGGUAUUGGACAAAAUAGCUUGCAGCUGCAGCUUGUCGGACUGCAGGUUUGCUGUGCCAGAAAAAGGGAUUUCGUAGUCUCAAGUGAAGAAUCCUAG